AGAUAAUCAGAACAUUUCUGCUCUUUGUGUGCUACAGAUUUAUCUCUGUGUGAUAUAUAGCACCGGUGAUCCAGCACAAGGAAGCUAUGGCUUUACGGCAUGCUGAUAUAAUGACUGUUCCUACAACAGGGGCAUCAGCUAAAACUGCAGGAUAUGACAAACUUUCCUUUAAGGGUGUGAAAGCUUCUCAUCGUAUGGCAGACGAUGAUCUCCAAAGUCUGAAUAAAUAUAAGACAAGAAUCAAUAAUGUUGCUAGAAGGCAUAGAGUGGAUCCAGCUCUGCUUGGUGGAAUAACUUCUCGUGAGACCCGUAGUGGGAAUUAUCAUAAAAAUGGAUGGAGUGACGAUGGGACAUGCUUUGGUCUAAUGCAGGUUAGCAACAUAUGGCACAAGCCUCGUGGAGCAUGGGACAGUGAAGAACACCUUAAUCAGGCCACAGAGAUACUGAUUUACAUGAUAGAUGCCAUUGAUAAAAAAUUCCCACACUGGAACGCCCAGCUACGUCUCAAAG